CGCCUUGUCACUGCCUUGAAUGACCAAAACGUUAAGUGCCAUGAAGCGGUUGAUGGACCAGUUGGACCAGUUUGCUCUUGGUUGAGAUGAGAAUCUGGGAGUGGCUUGUGUUUAAGGGUUUUGUGGAACAGGUUCUGGACUGAGCAGAGCUCUCAGGAGUCACUAUGCUGCCGUGUUACCUUCUUUGUGGAUGUCUUGUGUGAUAGUUCUUUUAUUUUCCUACAUUGUUUGUGGACUGGAUCUUUUAUUCUUGAGUCAUGAGGAUUUACUCCAUCUCUAGAGUCUGAACCUGCCGAUUGCCAAACCCCCAGUCAGCUGUGUCCUUCCCCAGAAACCUCUGACACCAGCCUCUCUAGUGUCCAGCCUGAGUCUCCUGACACGUUCUCCAGUCUCCACUCAUCCUUGGCUCCACCGAACAUAAGCCAAAGCCCGUCCGGUUCUCCUCUGGGCAGCGUAGAGGAUUUGUCUUCUGUUGGAUCUUCACCAACCAUGGCAGAUAAGAAAAGAAGGGCCCCUGGGACCCCCUCGUACUCAGGACAUGGGAGCCUUAAUGGUGGAAAUACCGCUCCUGUCAGAGAGAUCACAAACCCUGCAUACGAAGAGGCGGAGAGACCUCAGCAAGGUGGAAAAGUAUCCAUACCACUUCCUGAUUAUGAAAGCCUAUUCCCUCAGAAGAGACACGGAGUGCAAGGGCACACUCGAUGGGACCAUCUGAUCGCUGAGGUCAAUCAGAAACACAGGGACAGUUCAGAGAUGAGUGUGGAUGGUCCGGAAGAGCAGCGACCCAGUGUAAAGGCUUCAGUCCCUCAGGAGAGCGCUGCAAGUAGGUAUUUUCAAUCCCGAUCUCAGGACAUCAAAUCUAUUUCAUCAAAAAAAGCAGCAGCCCCAGCUCCCCCUAAAUCAAGUGCACCUCCACAACCUCGAUCAGUUGCAGAUUCUCCUCAAAGACAGAGUCAGAGUACCGCUCAGCAAUAUCCCACGAGGCACAAUCUGCCUGCAGUCCCAGAACCUGUGAGCACAAACAGAGAAAGUCCCUCAGGGAUGUCCAGGGAUGGACCAAGGAAGGCGUUGCACCCAUCAACUGCUGCAACACAUGCACCCAGGCCAACCAGCCAAAUGGACUCGCACGCACCAUUAAACGAUCAAAGACAAGUUGGUGUGGACAAAGAGAUCCCCACAGCCAAACCCAGACAGAGGGCUAGUGGAAGAGACUCCGUGCUGCAAGAAGAUUCUGCUGCGACACCAGUGGUCUCAGACAAACAUUUGAAGAGUAACCUUCAAACAUCAUCUCGUUCUAGUAUGAGCAACGUGGAUACAAAAGGCAGGCAAGCAAAGGAGAACUUGGACUUUGACCCAUUCCCUAUUACUGAUCUUAUUUCCAAAGACCCGUGGGCUCCGCCAAAGGGACACCAAAAAGAAGACCUUUUUACCGGCAGUGUUCAAAAAGAGCCCAAAGUUGAAGAUUCGGGAAUGACACCAGACGAUCUUGAUUCAAUCUUUGGUCAAGAGAAACUUUCCGAUCCAUUUGCUGACUUUAACGGCAGUGGUUCAAACAAACACAGUGAGGUCAUUGAACAAGUAGAAGAUCCAAAGCAAGUCAAUCCUGCUUUCCAGAGAAAUAAUUCGAACAGAGUAAGACGAACCCCUCCGUCCACCACUCUCUCUGCUGAUAGGUCUUCAAAGUCUCGACAAGAACCCGCAUUUAAAGAAGAAACCACCGUAACCACAGCGAACAAAGCCCCCUCUGCGAGAGGCGUCAGGAUCGAGUCUAUCACACCGACGCCUUCAGCUGAAGCUAAUACACAAAACACAUUUUAUGGAGGAGAAGAGCAAUUUGGAGCUGAACCGUUUGCCUCGGUGUUGAAUACCUCAGAACCCCUCCAGGUGGUUAUGGAGGAGCCGUCGUCUCAGGAAGUGGAUUUGUCUGGGGGGAAGGCACCUUUGAGAGCUUGGGUCUCCCCAUCUGAUGUUCAGUCGGUCAGUGCUCAGAAUAGCAAUGGAAGUGGGCUAGCUUUAACUCCACGCAGGCCUCAUCCUGUGAAACCUAUGAACUUGGAGAGCCAGCAACCCAUCAGCAUCCCCGCUGUGAGAGAUAUAAAUAUCCGUGACAGCACACCAGGGAAGACUCAGGUGGCGUCCUCGGUGCAGAGUGGGCCGUACACCCAGCUGACGCAGGAUGAGCUGAUCACGUUGGUGGUGAGGCAGCAGACCGACCUGUCCCGAAAGGACUCGAAGAUCGUUGAGCUGGAAGAGUACAUCGACGUCCUGCUGGUCCGCGUCAUAGAGGAGAAACCCAGCAUCCUGCAGUCCCUCACGAAACCAGUGUAAGGUCCCAGCUGCUGGAGGAGAAGGGAGUCCCCCUUAAGGGCACAGGCAUGUUGCUUCUGUUUGUCACUGUGAGACACAAUCUCUACAAAGGUCUUAUUAUAAGCAUGUGCACUUUCUUAUUUCAGAGCUAAUGUCCAUUUCAAAUGGCCUCCAAAGAUAUAUUUGGUGAUCAUUUAAUAACAAUCAAAUUAAGUUCUUUAUAUGAGCAGAAUGUUUUGACACUAAGGUACUGGAAUUUGCUUUUAAAAUGUGUUACAUAAAUUACUAUUAAGCAUUUCGAUUUAUAUACCAUACUUUAUAAAGCUUGGGUUUAUUUAAUAUAUAAUUGAUAAAAAACAAUUAUUUUUUCAAUAUUAUCUUGCUUUUUUUACUCUUUACCAUGAACCUUUGUGUAACUUAUUGCCGUGCGAUGAACGAUCAUUUACAUAAACAACCAUUCCAAAUUGAUGCACCAUCAUUGUGUAAGCAUAAUAUUACUUUUGUAUUAAUUAAGAUCUAAUGAGCCGAUUUAAAAUUAAGAUCAUUUAUAUUCCAAGGGUUCAUUGACUUUGCCCUCCAUUACUGAGGUCUUGUAUUUCUUUUGUUGAUUAUCUUUGGCUUGCAUGUGUUUUUUUAACUACCUAAAUACUCCCACUUUUAACUCACCACAGUUGAAUGUCAUCAGAUCAUCAAGUCCUUAAUAACAAAAUGUGCCUAUUUUUGCUUUAAAACGGGCAUAUUAAGAAAACAGCAAUACAAAAGUGUGUGUGUGUGUGUGUGUGUGUGUGUGUGUGUGUGUGUGUGUGUGUGUGUGUGUGUGUGUGUGUGU